CAGAGCGCCAUCUUGCGGAAGACCGGUAUACGAAUUUGUACCUGUUUGGGUCCUUGUUUCUUGGGUCAAGUUGGACUGUUUCUCGAGUUUAGAAUUCAGAACAGGAGCGAAUUGUCUGAGGAGACAGAGAUCGUUUUUCACGGAUUGCAGGGACUCUCCUGCAAGGGUUAAAGUGGAUUUACUUAUGUAUAGAAGCACCUCCAGUUGACCGAGGCUGAAAGAUUAGGUUGGUUCACUGUGACUGGAAAAAAAUGCCAUCCACUGUGAAUAAUUUCAACAUCAGAGACGUAUGGAAAAACAACAUGGAAGAAGAGUUCGCUAAAAUAAGAGAUGUAGUAGAAAACUAUCCUUAUGUAGCCAUGGACACAGAAUUUCCAGGUGUUGUGGCAAGGCCUAUAGGAGAGUUUCGCAGCACUUCAGAGUAUCAGUAUCAACUUCUAAGGUGUAAUGUGGACUUAUUGAAAAUCAUACAACUUGGCUUAUCCUUUUACAACGAGAAAGGACAACAAGCACCUGUUGGAGCCACUUGCCAGUUUAACUUCAAGUUUAACCUAACAGAGGACAUGUAUGCCCAGGACUCAAUAGAUUUACUCAACCGAGCAGGUAUUCAGUUUAAAAGGCAUGAAGAAGAAGGAAUUGAUGUGAAUGACUUUGCAGAGCUUCUGAUAACAUCAGGACUUGUACUGAAUGAAGAUGUCAAAUGGCUAUCAUUUCACAGUGGUUAUGAUUUUGCAUACCUGUUGAAAGUGGUGACAGCACAAAAUUUGCCAAGCGAAGAAUCAGAAUUCUUUGACCUAUUGAAGAUCUACUUUCCAAAUAUUUAUGAUGUUAAAUACUUAAUGAAGAGUUGCAAGAGUCUUAAGGGUGGCUUGCAGGAAGUGGCUGAACUGUUAGAGCUUGAAAGAGUGGGACCCCAGCACCAAGCAGGAAGUGACAGCCUAUUAACAGGAAAUGCAUUUUUUAGAAUGAGAGAGAUGUUUUUUGAAGAUAAUAUAGAUGAUGCAAAGUACUGUGGACACCUUUAUGGGUUGGGAACAUCAUAUGUGAAUGGAGGGCAAGCAUACAGUGGGCCAACUUCCAACAAUAAUUCCAAUUCAUCCUGAUGCUGGCUACUGUACACUGCUUCAUGCAGCUUUCAAUUCAACAGGUUGUAAAUCUGCAUUUUAACUAGGCACCCAAAUGUUCUUUUCCUUUGGGGAAUCUUAAUGAGAUUUUUAACUGUUCCUAAGUUACAAGAUGCUUUGCUAGGGUCCAUAUCCUUUUCAUCAGUUGAAGAUUUUUUAAGAAGAUCAGUUUACUAAAGACAAAAACUGCACAGUUCUGUUAAACAACCUCUAUGAACCAGCAAUCAGAUAAGUGCAUUUAUUUGGAACUCCUAAAAACUGAUAGGUCAUGGUAUUUCAAAGUUUGAGAAAUAGAAAGUCUAAGGCCCAAGAAACAGGUUUGUUUGAAACUUCCUUCUUUUGCUUCAAUGUGACAACUUAUCUACUCAAAAAAGUAGCAAAACUGAAUUGAGCUUAUCACUUGUUGAACUCUCAAGACAUUUUUUUGUGCAGUUUUUAAUACAAUGACACUGUAGAUAUUUAGUAUUUUUAUAGCAAGAUUUUCAUGUAGAAAAAUUUGACAGGAGUAAGGACAGUGGCAAGUAUAGUUAUGAUGAAGAACUGAUUAAAAUCUUUUUAAAGUUUUUUUAGAUUUAACAUGAUCGUUGUAAAAGAUAGAUAUAUAUUGCUCUUUAUGCAUGCUUAAGUGUACAUUCAUUUUAGGAUUGGACCAAUUGUGUUAGAUUCCCUUUUGCCUUUUCCCUUUUUGUGUUUAUCGUACUUGCUGUUUAGAUUUGAUGGGCAAGCACAAUGAAGCCAAUGUGUAUGGAUUUGAAACAAUUUCAAAUAAUUUUACAGUGAAUGCAGGAUUUGGUUCUUCACAAAAACCUAGUGAUUAUCCAGCAAUUAAAAGCAACAUCUUCUAAAGAAAAACAACAACAACAACAAAAGGAAACAGAGUAAUCUUUUUUAGGUCAUGAUAUGUCCACCUUUUUUCACCUUCAUGGAAAACAUGGAACAUGGUGAGAUGAUUAAAUAGUAACUUGAAACAACCCUCCUACAAAUCAAGCAAGUUUAAGUCUUUACCUUGGAAGUGCUUGGUUGGAAUCUAACAGUUUUUACACUAGUGUAAAAAGGUUUGUUUAUUGCUAAAGCAUGCAUUUAUAAAUAUAUAUAUCGAGUCUUGUAAGUAGUACUAUAAGAAAUUUUGCAACUAAAGAAAAUUAUUAAAGUUAAAUGUUAUGGUAAUGA